AUGAGACGCUCAGCAUCUCUCUCCAUCAUCAUCAUCUCAGCACUCGCCGCUCAAUGUGCACGCAUAGUCCAAUCAAAUGACGACGGCUGGGCCGAAUCAUACAUCCGCUCAUUCAACGACGCGUUAAUCGCCGCCGGCCACGACGUCGUCCUUUCCGCUCCAGCAGAAGACCAGUCAGGAACCGGUUCAAGUGAUGCACCACCAACUCCGCGAACUGAAGCCUGCCACUACAACUCCUGCAUCGGCAACGGCAGCUUAACAGGCCACAACGCCUCUCGCCCCGACCUCAACUGGGUCAAUUCCUUCCCCGUCACCUCCAUGAAAUACGGCAUCACCACCUUUGGCCCCCAAUUAUGGAACGGCUCAUCUCCAGAACUCGCCGUCUCCGGAAUCAACGUCGGCACAAACGUCUUCGUCCAGCUCCCCUUCUCAGGAACCGUCAACGCCGCGACAUUCGCCGCCCGCGCCGGCAUCCCCUCCAUCGCCUUCUCCGCCGCAUCUGUCGGUCGAGUCCCCUUCGACAUCGACCCAACGCCUCUUCGUAGCAUCCUCUACGGCCAACUCGCCACCCAACUGACCAACAAGAUCCUCUCAUCCGGAACCCCUUACCUCCCGCCAGACGUCUUCCUCAACGUCAACUUUCCCAAAGUCGAGGGCAGCUGCACCGACCUCUCCAGCUUCAAGUGGGUUCUCAGCCGCAUCAACCCCGGCAUCAUCUCGCCCCCGGACGUCGGCCACUGUGGCGGCAAUCGCCUGCCUACCGAGCUGACCGUCAUCACGCACGCCGGAUGCUUCAUCUCCGUCAGCGUUGGCAACGCUCAGGACAAGAGGACUGCGCCCAAUAGCAAGCAGGCCGUAGUGCUGAAGAAGUUGCGUGACAUGCUCACCUGUCUCCCAACGCAACACAUCCAAAGUCAAAAGGUUUUGCAGUAA